AUGGGGAUGUCGCAUAGCAGGCCUGCGCCGCCUUCCCAGUCGACCGUUGUGGUCGUUUCCCCAGUUCGUUCACCAAUUUUUGUUCCUUCUAGUUUGCCUGCGGGGGUACAAGCAAGAAGAGAUGGUGCUCCCAUUCGAAAAAGGGGAAGCUUCUUGGCGGUAUCGGGGGUAUUAUCGAAGAAGGAGAUAGUGGUGGUGCCUAGUUGUCCAGAGGCGUCACACUCACCAUUCACUGGUUCUCCCUUGGUUAAUCUCGGUUUUGGCUCUAUGUUUGGGGGUGCGUCGAGUUCACCUGGAGGUUCUUCUCAAUGCGAGAAGCCUUCCCUGAUCGACAAAAUAGGAAUUUCAUCCCACUCUCUAUCUUUUGAGGCCUACGCUCUGGGCUGGGCGAUUACUAGAGAUUCUUUACUGUCAGAAGACACUACCGCCCAGGAGUAG